UGGAGAGGGGAGCCAGCGCACAGUCUCCCAGGGAGCCCGCGCCUAACACUUCGCGCUCUGCACGCAGCCGGGGUCGGGGCGCGUUUGCAGAAGGCAAGAGAGGGUGCCGGGGGGUGCCAGGCGGCUGCCAGCGUGGCAGAACAAUGAGGCCUGUUUCAUGUCUCCUCUUGGCAACGCUUCUGAGAGCUGCAGUUUCACAGGAACUGGAGGAACCCGACACUUACACGGAGUGCACAGAUGGCUACCAGUGGGAUGCGGAGAGUCAGCAUUGCAAAGAUGUGAACGAGUGCGAGACCAUCCCCCAUGCCUGCAAAGGGGAGAUGAAGUGCAUCAACCAUUAUGGGGGGUACCUGUGCCUCCCCCGCUCGGCCUCUGUGAUCAACGACGUGAACUCCGAAAGGGCCCCUCCCCCCAGCCCCCCCAGGCCCAGGCCCCCCCAGCAGGCCCAGUACUUCGUACAGAACAACUGCCCCCAGGGCUACGAGCCGGACAGACAAGGAUCCUGCAUGGAUGUGGACGAAUGUGAAUACGAUUCGCACGACUGCCAGCCGAGCCAGCAAUGCAUCAACACGCCUGGGGGCUUCCAUUGCCAGUGUCCGGACGGCUAUCGGAAGAUCGGCACAGAGUGUGUGGACAUUGAUGAAUGCCGCUAUCGCUAUUGCCAGCACCGCUGCGUCAACUCCCCAGGCUCGUUCUCCUGCCAGUGCGAACCUGGUUUCCAGCUGGCCAGCAACAACCGCUCGUGUGUCGAUGUGAACGAGUGCGAGAUGGGGGCCCCCUGCAAGCAGCGCUGCUUCAACACGUACGGGACGUUCAUCUGCCGCUGCAACCAGGGUUACGAGCUGGACCAGGACGGCUUCACCUGCAACGAUAUUGACGAGUGUAGCUACUCCACCUAUCUGUGCCAAUUCCAGUGUGUCAACGAGCCAGGACACUUCUCUUGCGCCUGCCCCCAGGGCUACCAGCAGCUGAGCACACGCCUUUGCCAAGACAUUAACGAGUGUGAGACGGGGGCCUUCGAAUGCACAGAGUCCCAGAAUUGCAUCAACUUUCACGGUGGGUACCGCUGCGUGGAGAAGAACAGCUGCCAGGAACCAUAUGUGCAAGUCUCUGAAAACCGCUGCCUCUGCCCGGCCACGAACCCGCUCUGCCGCGAUAACCCGUCCUCCAUCGUCCACCGAUACAUGAGUAUCACGGCUGACCGAACUGUGCCCUCUGACAUAUUCCAGAUCCAGGCCACAAGCGUCUACCCUGGCGCCUAUAACACGUUCCAGAUCCGCUCGGGCAACGAACAAGGAGAAUUCUAUAUCCGGCAAAUCAACAACAUAAGCGCCAUGCUGGUCUUGGCCCGGCCAGUGACAGGGCCCCAUGAGUUUGUCCUGGAUUUGGAGAUGGUCACCAUGAACACCCUGAUGAGCUACCGUUCCAGCUCGGUGUUGCGGCUCACUGUCUUCGUGGGAGCCUAUUCGUUCUAGCCAAGCAGCAGCACUUCCCCUUGCCUGGCUGAGGAGGGGAGGGAAACAUCUGCUGGGUUGGGCUGUGUAAGAGAGGAACCGAGAGGCAAGAAGCCACGACCCCAGCGGCCAGGGAAGGGAUCUAUCAUGGCCUUGCGUCUUCCCCGACCCCCAAGAAGCACCCAUCGUCACAACUGGAUGAAGAAGGACCAGAGCUGCGACUGGGGGGCCAGAGCUGUGGCUUCAAAGAUGAGCGCCACCCUUUGAGCCACCACCCUGCCCGGCAGUGGGACUCGUUCCCCCUCCUACCACUGCCCCCCUGCAUCUCGGAGCACAGAGGGGCCUCCAGAGCCACGCAGCAAGGCUCUGUGUUUGUUUUCUGCUUAACAGAGUGAGGGAGAGAAAGACAAAACAAAAAUUAGUAAAAUGAUUUUUUUGUGUGUGAAAAGGAAAUGAUUCAAAUGUGUGUCUGGAUGCUUCCCAAAUGGACCAAGUGCUCCCGAAUCUUUGGGGAAUAAGCAUUGUCCUUUCAGCCUCUUCAAGGCUCCCCAGCAGGUAGGAAGGCUUUCCCAGCCAGACACCCAUCCUAGAUGCUGGAGCUGGUCUACCCCACCUCCAAAAGGAUAUUGUACUGCUAGGAAAGGUUGGAGCAGCUCCCAUACGAGGAAAGGCUAGAACAUUCUGGGCUUCUUAGCUUAGAAGAAAGGUGAGUAAUUGGAGACACGAUACGUAACGCCUGGUGUUGGGCAAGUGAAUGGGGAGAUCUUUUUUCUCCUCUCAUGAUACUAGAACCCAACGGGGGUCCAUCCAGGGAAGCUGAAUGUUGCAAGAAUUAGGACAGACAAAAGGCCGUCCUUCGCAAUGGACAUAGCUAAACGGUGGGAAUUUGCCUACACAAGUCAUAGUGAUGGCCACUGACUUUAAAAGGGGGGUGGGUGUCAAGAGAAGUUCAUGGAGGACAAGACUGUAUUGUCCCUCCAAUAUCAGAAGGCAGCCCUUCUCACAAGCAGGAGAGAGCGCUACUGAACGAGUCACCGCAGCCGAAGAGCUAU